CUGUAUGCGUAGCGCGAAUCCAUGCACUUUUUCCGAUCACCAGCGAGUUCCUGGUCAAACUUCAGUGCAACUUGGGGCUAGUUCUGACAGCCAAAUGCGAACAGGCCAGUUCGUGCAACUCGGUCUUCCCGUUCACGGCGCUUCUCCGUUGUGAUCUCAGAAACUGGAGAAUUUCAAAGCACGAGUCCACCCCGAGCUCUGCCGAGAACAAUGGCGGUUUCGCCUUUUUCCAACACCUUGCUGAUGCCGCCAACACGUUGUUUCUUCGAGAAACAGAAUCGCUGCUUCGCAGGCGUGAAGCUCUCCAGGACAGCAGAGUGGAAAAGUUUGAUACGUC